UUUUUUUUUCUCCUCCUCGUCCUCUUCCCCUCUUCCUACAUUCUUCACAUUCCCUUCUUUUCCAUUCUUUCACUUCCCAUUGUUUGGUCGGCCCCUUUGCUUAGUGGGUUUUCGAUUGUUUAUUCCACCGGCCGAUCUGUAGUUAUACUGCAUACUUCUAUUAUCUCCGAUCUUAUAUACCCCGAACGUGAGGAAACUACCAAGGCAGGCUACUACUAGGCUUCCGCCACCUGCAGUGCAUAUUGCCAACACUGCUUUCAACUGCAAUGCUAUUCUACUAAUCGAGGCAUCAUUUCGGCUUCUGCUCAAUUCGAAUCAAUUGUAUAAUCCCACCGCCAACAUUUACAGGGGGUUUUGUUUCAAGACUGGCACAUUCGAAUGCGCCACAGUGACUACGUAUCAACUGAGCCAACGAAGGACCAACACCGAUCCGAAACACACUUCCAAUCAGUCACUGGCCAGAGCCUCCUGAACAAGCGGGACUGUUAAGUAAACACAUUCUGCUGCGUUUGCUGCGUGUUACACCGCAAACAUGGCGACAGAUCGCUUCCCCGCCCCUCCCACGGAAGCUUCCACGUAUCUGCAGCAGGCGCCCACCAAUGGUAUUUAUACAGCCCCGUCGCACAAAAGACAGCCGUCCCAUGUCGUGAAGUCCGCUGCACCGGAUUACUACGAGGAUAACGACUUUUACGCCAGCCCCAACAAUUCAAGGCCACCACCGCCCUAUCCAGCCAAUUCUAGCAGAGUUCAAAGUCAUCAUAGGUCGCGUUCAUAUUCUUCCAGAAGCAAAAGCUACAGGAGAGACGUGUACCCAGAAGACAACAUGGAGGAAGGAGAAAACCUACCAUCGCCGGACCGCCCAGUAUGGUCUGAAAAACGCUCGAAAUCAUCGGCCACCAGAGCUGACAAGCGUGGCGACGAGGCACUCAAGGCCUCAUUAUCCUCGAAUAGUCAGCCAUCCCCAGUAAGUCGGUCGAGCACGGUCCGCUCUACAACCGAACAGCGACGGGACUGGGCGUCUGAUCGCUCGCCGCUCCAAAAGCUCGAGGUCACUUAUACAGGCGCGAGCAAGGAGGAGAAGCGGGCACGGGCUCUAGAGGCUGAAAUGAAACUGAAGGAACGGAUGAAGCGGCAGGCUGAAAGUCGUGCGACAGGAACGGCGCAGCCUUCAGACUCAGUAGAAAGCGUGGAUCAGAGACCAGUCCCAGGACGAACGGCUGUACCAAGACCGGUGCCAGGAGCAAAGCGAUCGCAUCACCGACAUGCAGCUUCCGAAGGGCAGACAAGAUACAGCCCCCCGGGACCAGAUUCAUCCGACAGAGCCAGACCUCCUCGCAGCAAAAUGCCACCCCCACAAGACGCCGCAGAACGUGCUUUUGACGAGAUCCAGGACUUUAAUGGGGGCCGGUCAGAUGGACCAAUGGCACGAACGGGCAACGCUCCCAGGCGAACAGUAUCUGUGAGCCACCCCCCACAAGGACCACCGAUGGGCCCGCGAGCAAUGAACCAGGGCAAACAACGAGAUGCACAACCGUAUCCACCUAUCUCUGCUGCUCCGGACUCAGAGUAUCCUGAACAAUCUAGAAUGGCCGUCCCAGCCAGGAAGGCCGUUCCCAAUCAGCCCAGCACCCGUGCGCCACCAGUUGCCAACCCGGCGGCUUAUCAAAAUAGGUUGCCUCCACACCUUGCCCCGGAGAGGGGGGCUUCCAUGCAAGGACCGACUACCCAGCAGGGAGUGUUGAAAAAUCCUACUGGAGCAGCACCGGUCUUCCCGGCACCUGCCAAGGCUAGCGUAGACAGUGGGCUGGAUGUAAACAAUCCAAUAGUACCUCCUGCUCCGGCGGAGACAAAUGUGCCGUCCAAGCCCAAGGUCUCGUUUAACGUGCCUCCGCCGACACCCCCUCCUCUAUCUGAGUGGAGAACUGCAGCUGUAGCGAGACUGGGAGCCUCUGAUUUCGAUUUUCAACGAUUUGAUGCCGAUCGGAGUAAGGCCUGGUGGGAGACUGGCGAAAGCAGCAACCGCAGACUCAGUCGAGCCCUACCCAACAACUUUGCCCAGAAGCCGUCUGCCCAGAAGCCAACAGGUAAUAAGCGCUUUCAGCCAUCACUCUUCUUACAAAGUGGACCUCUUCUCCGCUACGCCGGCCUGAAGCGGGUCCGAAUUGAUGGUCCCAAUGGGCCGUUUAACAAGGAGACCUGGAGAGGCAGUGUUCUUAUCGUCACACAAGACUCGCUCUCCUCCUAUGAGCCGCGCCCGACUCUGAGGGUGUUUGCCCAACCAAUGGAUCUUCUCGCUCCUCCGCCCGUCCAGGUAGGAGGGGAAGAUUCUCAACUGGCACCAGAGUACGUCGACCCAACUGCAGGGUUGAUGAAGUUGGGCCGGGACGGACGACCUCUGUAUGUCAAGCCUGUGGAGCAUACUGCGGAAGGCGAAGAUCUCUCAUUCGUUGAAAACGACGAUGGAAUUUUUGAAUUGUCCGCUAGCAUUAUGGACUACAGCAGUGAGGGUGUCAAGCAGCCUGUCCCGGCGAAUCGCAUCCACUCCAUGGACGGAGAGACUGCUGGAAGCUACAAAGAAAUCACAGGCGCCCGUCUGUAUGCUGAUCCAGGAAGGGAUGUCACGUUCUGGAAAUUUAACAUUGAGAUCGAACUAGGCCCGACUCAGCAGCGGGUCGCGUACCGUCUGAAUCAUGGACCGGCUCUAGGCUUCUGGGUGCCAGCUAGGGGACAGUCAAUGAACAUUAUGUUCCAUACCGGCAAUGGGUUCAGCCCUGCGGUGGACUCCAACAAGCUCAGCGGUCCGGACCCUCUCUGGCGAGAUGUCCUCAACGAGCACCAGACUCGUCCGUUCCACGUCAUGAUCGGUGGUGGUGACCAGAUCUUCAACGAUAAGGUGAUUGCGGAGACCGCCCACUUCCAGGAAUGGGUCAAGAUCAAGAAUCUGAGUGAGAAAUACGAGGCGCCCUUUACUGCGGAGUUCAAGGCAGAACUGGAAGACUUCUACCUGGAAAAUUAUGCGUCUUGGUUUUCGCAAGGAUUGUUCUCCCUCGCCAACUCCCAGAUCCCUAUGGUCAAUAUGUGGAAUGACCACGAGAUCAUCGAGGGAUUCGGCUCCUACCCGGAGGAGUUCAUGAACUCGCCCGUCAUCUCAGGACUGGGGAAUAUUGCGUUCAAGUACUACUUGCUUUUCCAGCAUCACAGUGUCCCCGAAGAAACUGAAACCGAAGAGCCUAGCUGGCUGCUUGGUGCUAAGCCGGGGCCGUAUAUCGACCAACGCAGUCGGCAUCUUUUCAUGUCUCUAGGCGACGGAGUGGCUUUCCUCGGCUUAGAUUGUCGUACAGAACGAAUGACGGAUGAGAUCAUUUCGGAAGAAACUGGCGAACUGAUCUGGGAUAGAUGCCACCAGGAGAUUGUUCGGGGUGAGACCCGACACUUGAUCGUGUCGCUAGGUAUCCCCUUGGCGUAUCCACGAGUGGCCAUGGUCAAGAAUAUCCUCAACAGCCGCAAGUCGCUUGGAAAAGCAGGACUUUUUGGCGGUUUGGUGAACAAGAACGGCGCCAAAGUCGAGAUCUUCGAUGAUCACUGGACAUCAAAGCGGCACAAGGCUGAGCGGACGUAUCUGAUCGAAGACCUUCAGGAUCUUGCGGCAGAGAAAUCCGUCCGGGUGACCAUAUUAAGCGGCGACGUGCAUCUGGCGGCGAUUGGCCAGUUUUACUCGAAUCCCAAGUUGGACGUACCCAAAGACCGAGACUACCGAUACAUGCCAAACGUCAUCUCUUCAGCGAUCGCCGACAUGCCCGAGACGGAAAUGAUAUCCGAUAUGCUUAACAAGCGCAACCGCGUGCAUCAUAUGGACACUAACACGGACGAGGAUAUGGUUCCCAUCUUCACUCAUGAUGUGAAUAACAAGCCCCGGAACAACAAGCGGUUGCUCCCACGCCGGAACUGGUGUUCUAUUCGGGAGUACAAGCCAGGUACCACGCCACCCGGAACGCCGCCCGAUGCCCCUGCUGAGGAAGAGCCCCGACCCGCCAAGCUCAAGAGAACGCUGUCUCUCACUCGCGGAGAGGAACCCCCCCGGGCAGGGCUCCUGCGACGACUCUCCCUCCGGGGCCCGCCUCCCACCAAGGAUUUCAACCUGGGAGAGGCACCGCCUGCGCGUCGGAUGAGCAUGGACGGCGCAUUCCCGACUGCAGACACAGAUGAUGCAGGUGAACCCAAGCCCGGCCCGUUCCUGCGACGACCCACCAACCUCAGUCAAAAGGCGUCCAAACGGGGUGAUGAUGGGCUCGGGGCGUUGAUCAACCUGGAAGGGGGACUGGCUAUCACGCUUAAUCUCGAGCUAAACCCCAAGGAUCCGGCGGGGAUCACGACGCCAUACAAAUUGCUCGUGCCAAUGUUACGCUACGAAGACAUGGAGUACGAUCCGCCUGCGGCAUCGGUGCCUAAAGGGUGGAAGAGAUGGCUUGGAGUGCGACGCAAGAAGGCCGACAAGGCGCCGGUGGAAGACACCGACGUCGAGCAGGGCAUGACAGAUGAGGAAGAUGAGGACGAUGGGUUCGAUGACGAAGAUGAUGUGCGAGCGAGAUUUGAGAUUGCUCAAGGAGGCGUGUUGCCUCCGGAGACACUUGUGCCUGUGAGUCCGGAUGCGGGAGGGAUGGGAAUGGAGCAAGAAGAAAAGGAGGUGCCUAAGCGGAAGAAGUGGUUUGGGCGAUCCAAAUAGAGAUGGAGAGGUUCGAGACGCCUUAUUAUGAGUGAUAUGAUUUAACGAGUGACGACUGAAUGUAACUAUUUCUUUUCUUAUUCAUAUGAUGUGAUGCU